UGAUAUGUUGAUAAAGGUUGAUUUUAUUUGGUUAUGAACCGAAUUUAGAUUUUUAUAAAUUAAUACCUAAAUUCUAAGAUAUUUUGUAAUAUUGUGAAGAAAAAUGUUAAGUCCACUGCAGAAUAGGUAUAUAAGACCACUAUUUGUGUAUUCCCGUGGUCUACAUAACCAGUAUCUAGUCACAAAUGAAAAUAAUGGCACACGAGAAAUAACUCUUAACCAUGAGAAAACAAAAAACUCGCUGUCUUUGGAAAUGAUGAGUAAUCUUAUUGAAGCUAUUAAUUCGAACAAGGAUGAUAAAUCGUUGAGGGCCAUAGUUCUAAGUGCUAAAGGGAAUGUGUUUUCUGCUGGUCAUAAUUUGAAAGAAUUGCAGGCUAACACAGGUGUAGAUCAACAUAAACUGAUAUUUAGUAAAGCGAGCGAGUUGAUGAAGUCUAUAAUACAGAGUCCUGUACCAGUUAUUGCUAAGGUAAAUGGCUUCGCUACGGCAGCAGGCUGCCAGUUAGUCGCCACCUGCGACAUGAUUGUAUGUUCAGACACGAGCAAAUUCUCCACACCUGGAGCUAACUUUGGCAUAUUUUGCUCAACACCUGGGAUAGCUGUAGGACGAUGUGUACCCAAAUCUAGGGCUACAUAUAUGCUUUUUACAGGUGAACCGAUAACUGCUCAAGAAGCCUAUGAAAGUGGACUCGUCACGAAAGUAGUUCCAGCAAGCCAAUUAGACGACGAAGUUAACAAAAUUAUUGAGAAAAUCAAACACAAAAGUCGAAGCGUUAUCGCUCUUGGCAAAGAAUUCUUUUACAAACAAAUUGACUUAAGUCUGAUGGAUGCUUACAAGCUGGGAGAGGAUAUUAUGGUUCAGAAUAUUAACUCUAAUGAUGGGCAAGAAGGUAUCAAGAGUUUUGUUGAAAAAAGAAAAGCAGUUUGGACUCACGAAUAACGGUUAUCGCGAAUGUUCGAGAAUAGUGUUAAUUACUUACACAUUCAUGUGUUUAUCUAUAUAAUGGCACUGAUAAAGACCGUUGUAGGUUUUAUUUUACAAGAAAACAUUUUUAAUUUAGU